UCGGUAUAAUAUUUACAUGUUCAGUUCUAGUCUAGUCUAAUACCGCAUGCCUUUGUCCUAUUAAUUCAAUAAAUUAUAAAGGCAACACUUGCGUAUACCAAGCCAGUGCUUAUCAAGUCUUUAUAUCCAGCCUGAGAUUAGUAGCUGGCUUUACCGCGGCGUGUUCACGACUCUAUAAAAAUACAAGUUAUAGCCCGGGACGACCGGGACUUAUGUCUCGUUUGUGAAAAAUGUUUAAAAAACUGUUUGGGAAACAGAAAAAAAUAAAAAUGGCAGAAGGUUCCACAAGUGUGUCUCAGGAUAGAGCAAGUUCGUCCGAGCUUGAUGAGAACUCAUCUAACCAUACGGAGAAUUGGUCCCAGGAGACAGAAAACUCGUCCAAGGGACCGAAGACGAUGUUCGUCCAGAUUAAAGAAUACCUGGACCAAGUUCAAGUAUCCGAGGAUCAUAAACUCGAUAGGUUUAUUAAAGGAUUAUGUUUGGUUGGAGGAGCCUGGUUCCUGCUGGGUCAUGGUUCAAGUUUACUCCGGGUACUCAUUGCAUUCCCAUUCCCGGCGUACAGGUCUCUCAAGGCUGUUCUAUCACCAUCAAAGGAAGACGAUAUUUCAUGUCUCAGGUACUGGAUAGUAUUGGCUCUCUUCUCCUGUCUUGAAAUAGUGCUGGAUAUCUUCAUAAACCUUCUCCCUAUACAAGGUCUAUACAUGAGCUUGAAACUGGUUCUUCUUCUCUGGUUUAUGGCUCCGAUUCAGCUUAAUGGGACAGAUCUUGUUUUUGAGAAGAUAAUCCUACCACUGUACCGUGAGAAUGAGCCCCGUCUAGAUGAACUAGCAGAUCUAGCAAACCUUCAAGCUUCACGUCUACUCUCUGCUACUAGGGAAACUAGAGGACUGGAAACUGGUGAAGAAAUAAUGAAGAAAGUAUUCUAAUCUGUUUCAGCAGUAUUUACUAAAAUGUAUUUUAUCUGAGUUUUAAUUUAACAUAUUUUUAAUCUUUU